AUGGCUGGUGUCUUCGCGACUCAGCAGCUAGAGAAGGUCGACGAGAUCGCGAGAGACGCGCGUAUGCUCCCUACUGAUCACGCGCAGUCAGAAAUCGAUAACACCUUACUCGAUCCUAUGGACACGAGUCCUAUCAAGUCCUCUCCUGCUCAGCAGCCAGAGACCGACGCUCAGCCUCCGCAGAAUCAUGUUCAGUCUUACUCUCGUCUCGGACCUUCGUUUGCCAAUUCCGUACCCCGCUAUGUUGCUACAAUUGAUGACCCGUAUCCCUGGGGUCCUCUGUUUGGCUCCCCCUUCGUCAGACCUCGCUUUGCAUUCUCCCAGAAGUCUAGAGCUGCAAAUCGCAUGAAGUCCAAUCCGAUCGCAAUCGCAAAGCCGUCCGUCAACAGAACCAAACAAACAUCUUUUGCGGCGCGAAACGGUUCUACCUUCGUCGGUCUCAAUCACACUACGCAUCCCUUUUGGAAUAACGGAGUUGUAAAUGGUACCAGUCUUUUGACCGGUGGGGUCCCUUCUGUCGCUAAUCGUGGUCUUGCAUGGACCAACUUUCAGAGAGUUAACAUGUCCUCUCAAGGUCAAGCUCCUAAGUCCGACCGCUCUGCGUCUCUACUGUCUGGAUUCUCGUCUCUCCCUCGUAAGAGAUCUAUUGACGAAGGUGCUACGAGUAACCCGACUCAGGAAGUCCUCGACGACUCCAACAACAUCACUGUUACCCCUUCCGCCAAAUACCGUCGUGUGGACCAAAGGGGUUCCCGCUCGUCUCCUGUCCUGCCUGACGGAACCGCCCCGGCUAUGGCUGCCGGCUCGCAAACUGGAGAAGCCUGCGGCAAGGCCGAUUCUGCACCUACAGCUACGGACAAUAGCGAAGGCAACUUGCCUAUUCAUACUGGAAAUGCCAACUCCUCCGUUAUCUCUUCUCCCAAGCACAAAGCGAUAGAGACUCUCAUUUCCGAAUCCAGAGUUCAAGGCCUCGCCUCUGAAAGUGAGGCGAAUAUAUCAGAGGCUACCACGCAACGUGCCGGAGGUAAUUUCCCCGCUCAUUCGCGCCUUUCUCCUUCUUCGUGCCCCCGUGGUCCCAAGCCCAUUGAAGGUCCCAUCCGUCCUUUUGAAGUCCGCGGUGUCAUGCCUCAGUGGCAUGAUGGCUUCCCCCAUGGUCCCAUGCGUAUUCCGGGCAGUUGGCCUGAAGAGUUUCACGUCGAUCCGAUUGCUAAUGUCCGCAAAGGCUGUAACGACUCACUUCAAGUCACACCUCUUCCCAUUCCAACCGCCUUCCACGAUUCGGCCAUUCCUUCUCCGGAACACCAAGACGGUCAGCAGAUUCCCCGGUCGUGGCAGGAGACAUUGUACAACGCACGUAAUAGUACUGUGGGCCGUGUAGUCAGAAAGGCUUUCAGUUAUGCUUGGUCAACUGUCACACGCCUCUUCAAACCAAGCGCCGUUUUAUCUCGUCGAACCGCUGCUGCUUUGUCAACUUCCCCGACUCGAGCGAACCUCCGCAACUUUUCAGAGCAGCAAAGACAGCAACUCAAGAGUCAUCAAUGGCGGAAGGAAAGAGGAUAUCCUACCGUCGAACACUAUCCAUUUCCAGAACUGUCUCUCGAUAUUCCGCUCUACCCAGCUGGUACUGCUUCUCAGACCGAAUCAAUGGCGGCCGUUCGCGGUCCUUCCGUACCAAAGAAGCCCACUGGAACCCCGCGACAGCCUCGAAAGCGUAUCGGAACAUCGGGACCUCGUGCCGUUUCGCUCAAGGAACAAGAGAAACAUGGAAAGGAAAAGCGAGCCCGUGUUGAGUCGCUCAGUCCGCGGCUCAAACGACGCCUGCUCGCGGGCACCCGACUCAGUCGUUGGAGAAACACUCGCCGUGAGCGCGCUCUGGCCCAUGCAGUUGAAACAACCGAACAUGAUGCAGUUCAGCCUCUGCAACCAUCUGCCAAGGCAUACAGCAUCAGUCACAUUGGAUCGAGACGCUCUACACUUAUUCGGCCUCAAGCUACUAUUGAACCAAAGGCAAAACUGAAGCGCGUCCGGUUCCAAGAGCCUUUGACCGAAACUCCUACCACUACACCUCCAGCCCUCCUAACGGAGCUUGCCCCUCACCUCACCCCACCCUCCCCUAAAGUCGACCGUGUUGCCCAACGGACAGAACAACAAAUUGUUGAAGAGAAAGAGAAUGUGCCCCCAGCUACCGAUGCUGCCAAGAAAGUGGAACUUUCUGCGCGUGACGACGAACUUCGAGCCAGACAUGAUGACUGGCUUCGUACCGAGUUUCCAUUUGGGCGACCCGUUUCCGCAGUUAGGCUUUUCUAUGCAGUUAAGAAGCCACUUCCACCAGGUCGCACAGAGUCUAUUUACGCGGCUGAAUGGAGAAAGAUCGAAGAAGAACAAAAAGCGAAGCAAAAGCCUACCCGAGUCAAACCAGAAGGCCCUGCUGUACGACCUCUCCCUCCAAAAUGGGAGAUGAAGAUUUCGGAGAUCAAGUCCAUGCCAAACAAUCGCAAGAUCGCCACUACCCUCUCCGGUGAUCCUCUGACCAAGAGAGAUCUUGCCACCUGCUACACUCCAAUGGCAUGGCUGAACGACGAAAUCAUCAACUCAUAUCUUGCUCUAAUCGUCGACUACUUGCGUCGUUCUCACGGAAACGCAGGGCGUCAUGACAAGCCCCGAUUCCACGCGUUUAACACGUUCUUCUUCUCAAAUCUGCGCGACAAAGGCUACCAGUCGGUACGUCGCUGGGCAACACGGGCCAAAAUCGGGGGAGAGGCUUUACUGAACGUCGAUACUGUGUUCAUCCCCGUGCACAACAGUGCCCAUUGGACAUUGAUCGUCGUCAGGCCGGGAGAGAGAACCAUCGAGCAUUUCGAUUCCCUUGGUUCUCUCUCCCGGCGCCACGUGGGGUUGGUGCAGGGCUGGCUCCGGGCCGAGCUCGCCUCCCGUUAUGUUGAGGAGGAGUGGACAGUACUCCCGUCCAUCUCCCCUCAACAGGAUAAUGGGAGCGACUGCGGCGUCUUCCUCUUGUCGACCGCGAAGGCGGUGGCCAUCGGUCUCGAACCACUAUCUUACGGUGCUAAGGACAUUGUCGUCCUGCGCCGUAAGAUAGUGGCCGAGCUGAUGAAUGGAGGGCUGGAGGGGGAUUUCGAUCCCACCAGCGGGGGUGAAGAGCCGCUGCUCUAA